AUGUGUCGAGUUUGCGGCGACAAAGCAACUGGAUACCACUUCAAUGCAAUGACUUGCGAAGGAUGCAAGGGAUUCUUCCGGCGAUCGGUCAAAGGAGGCAAGCGGUUCGCUUGUGCUUUUGCGAAAAACUGCGAAAUCAGCAGGGUCAAUCGACGAUCCUGCUCGUACUGUCGCUGGGAAAAGUGUCUCGCAGUUGGCAUGAAGCGAGAAUGCAUCAUGAGCGACAACGAAAUCAAGGAAAAACGAAAAGUGAUCGAGAAGAAUAAACUUCGACGGGCAGUGCUUAGCCAGCCAGCGCUAGAAAAGGACGAAUUGGAUUUGGUCAGCUCAGUUGUUGGAGCUUACUUGGAUGCAUUCGUCCAUUUACCCGUUUUGCCGCAUAAAUUUCGAAUCAUCAGGAGACAGCAAAGCCUUGAAAAAUUCCCAUGGGCUUCCGAUUGUCUGAUAGAAGACAACUCGAUGAACCAAAUCCUUUUCCGUCUCCUGCCUACUCCUCCAAAGCACCGGUCGGUCAUCAAAAUCGCCACGAAUAAUGGAAGAAUUGCUGAUGCUAGAAUCUCUUUAGUGGACGAAGAAAUCGGCUCCCUUCUCAAUUCGCAAUAUAAUGGAUUGAAAAGCGCGCUUCUCGAGGAUUAUUUGCAAAUAAUCGACUUCUCGACACGAAUUCAAAGCUUGGAAAAAGUACACCAAGUCGAUCAGCAUAUUCUUCUACGAGGCUGUCUUCUCGAGAUUUUUAUUCUCAAGAUGAAUACGAGAUUCAAUGCAGCAGAUGAGUCGUUUUUGUUCAUGGACAAAAAAUUCAAGCUCAAGGCAGAUUAUAUCUUGACGCCUGAGAUCAUCGACAGCUACCUCAAUUUACACCAGAAACUUUUUCGACUUCAACUUCGAAAGGAAGAAACCGCGCUUUUAUUCGCUCUCUGCUUAUUUUCCGAUGACAGGCGAGAUCUUGUCGAGUCCGAAACAGUCGAAGAAAUUCAACAUCAACUAGCAGUUGCUUUUGAAAACUUUUUCAAAUGCAAGAAAAACGCAAGAAUUCGCUCUCAACUCAUUCCGACUUUGAUUUCCGUCAUCACGAAUUUGCGCCAACUAAAGAUUCGACUACUCCAUCAAAGCUUCAAACUCGACCAAGAGAAUUCAAGCAACAGUGAUUCAUCUCUAUCCGGAAGUAUCGCCUCCUCGCCCUGA